GAGCUCAUUCGCAAGAUCGAGGAGCUGGGAGAGUCAGCCUCAUCCAGCAUGACGGUGAUGCAACUGAAGGCACUUCUGUCGGAGUUGAAGACGUCAGCCAAGGAGUCGGAUCGGUUUGCCCUUCAGACCAAGCUGCAGGCCUUGAACAAGGCCUCAAAGAAGAAGGCAACUCUUCAGGCACUGGCAGACGACAUGAACGUGUCCUACACAGCAAGCAACACCAUUCCCCAGAUCUAUGCGAAGGUCGAGGAGAAGGUUUCGAUGGAGCACCCAGGCAAUCCUUGGGACAAAGUGAAUUUCGGAAAGCAUGCGUUGGAGCGAGUGAAGGCCGAACUGGAACAACUGAAGUCGGAGAAUGCCCAGCUGACCCGACAGGCGGAGCGCAGCAAGUCCCGCAAGGAGAUGUGA